AUGCCUUUAAGCAAAGGUGCUAAAGCGCCCGCAAAGGAGUCAAUCCACUUCGUCAAUGCCCGUCCGACCUCGGAAAACGAGAAGCUGAGGAUCCAGCGACUGGUGAGGGCACAUGUGGGAAAAUGGAUUUCCGACCAAACCAAGGACCGCUCGUCGGCAGGAGAAUCUUCGGACUCGAAUUCGAAUCGCGAGGAGUCCCGCGAUCCGGCGUCGCAGAAGCUUGAAAUCGAUACUGAAGAAACGUUAUUCCCUUCAUCCUCCUCGCCCUCUGCCGGGUCGUCGUCGCGCGAGUCCCCCGAGUCUACCAUCUCGCGCAGCCUGUCCCUCUCCAUCCGGUCCGCUUCUUACGUCCCGCUUCCACCGAUAGCUUCCUCUCACACCCACGAACCGUUGGAAGACGACGCGGAAGGCCAUGGCGAGUACAACUCCUGUCAAUUGGUGGUGGAUUCUGCGAAUCGAGAAACUACUUGUUCUCCGGGGAAAGAAAAUGGCUCUCUCCGUGGCUACACCAUCAAGGCCAUGGGCAGUAACGUGUUCGAUCCUUUUCACACCUACCCGUCGCAUUAUACUCCCGAAGCCGUCCAUGCGUGUGAAAGAUACUGCAUAGACGUUCUCUGGCCCACGUUGACUCCCCCAACUCCCGGAGACCGCGACGUCUCUGCCACGAAAAACUGGCUUCCCCUGUCAUUGGCCGAUCCUGUUCUGUUCACUGCCUUUUUGUUUGGUUCGCUGUCGCACCAACGUUGUCGAUGGAUCAACAGACAGAUUCCGGACGGGGCAUUUAGCGCUCGCGAUCAGCGACUCCUACAGCAAUGUGAAUACGAAACCAUCAUGCUGGCCAACAAGGCUUUCAGUGAUCCGGAUCACAAUCGGGUUCUUAGCGAUUCUAUCAUACUUAGUGUCAUUUGCAUGGCUCACAACAUCGCCGAUGACAACGAUCAUCGACGGCAUCGAAACAUCCCAUUCACACCGCCCUUGACGCAGCUACAAUGGCUCGACGUGUACGCAAGCUUGCCACCAAAUCCUGUCCACUUGCGGGGCUUGGUCGAGCUGAUUAAAUUACGGGGUGGCUUGAAAAAUAUCAAGCUGCCGGGUUUAGCCACUACCGUAGCUUUUUCCGCGAUCUUGACUGCGAGCUAUCUGCUUUCGCAGCCUGCGUUUGAAUACAUACCGUUCCAUGCGCCGCGACAAGGCCUCACAUUACAAGAGUUACUAGGAUACACCUCUCUUGACGUGGAGCUGGGGUUUGGUCGACUGCGUCAAAUCGGCUUUACCCUAGAAAUGGCGGACGUCUUCCAAGCUCUAAGAGUCUACACGAACAUCGUCAUCGAACACAUCAACGUCUCCCAUUCCAACCCCGACCUGUCCCUUCUCUGCGACCAGCGCAACCUCGUCCAGUACCACCUCCUCAACCUCCCCUCCGCCCGCCAUCUCGCCACCUGGUUCCCCCACCCACACCAUCAAACCAUCUACGAAUCCUGCCGUCUAGCAGCCCUCAUCUACGCCGUCGGCGUCACCUUCCCCCUCCCAUCCCAAUGCUCGCCUCUCCCCCCCCAAGUCGCCCUCCUCUGGGCCCUAACCCUCGGCGGCAUCGCGGCCGAGAACCGUCCCGAACGGGCCUGGUUCGUACAGACCCUCGCCCAAGCGGCGGCCAAUAAUGGGAUCUACUCCUGGCCGGAGCUGAAGAGCGUACUGGAGUUCAUGCUCUGGUAUGAUACUGCGUGUGACCGGGCGGGGUAUACCCUCUGGCUGGAAGUGGUGGGAUGUUUGUGAUGAGAUGUUAAUUGUCUUGUUGGCGUUGUGUUUCGUCGGUGGCGUUCGCUUUCGGGCUUUCUUGAAUUGGGAUCGGUCUCCGGGUUAUGUAUGGAGUUGGAUAUGAUUUACGAUGGUCAUGACAUGACGUUUUGGCGCAGCUCAAGACAGACGGAUGGAUGGAUGGGAUGUACUCUAUAUGGACAUAGUAAUAUACAGAUACACAGCCAACACCAAUAUACACAAAAGCGUAACGUAUCAUCAUCAUCAGCAGCAGCAGAGCAGCAGUAGCAGCCAGUAAGGAAAGCAAAGAGCAAAUAUCC